AUCUCGCCUCUUCAACUGUAUUGCGUUUUUCUAUUCUACUCCGCCAAGCCUGACGAGUGACGGCCGAAUCCACCAUUGAAAAUCCCCACAAGUCUUUGCUGUGAAGCUUACUGGUCGGAGUAAUGAUCUAGGUUUCUAGAUCACGGAAAUGGUUAUCUUUAUCUCGAAAGGAUAGCGAAGGUGUCAAACAAGAGUUCUCUUCAAAGGGUAUCAGAAUGAGAUCUUCUUCGGAGAGAAUCAACAUCGCCGCCAGUACCCGGCGGGUCGUUGUUGACAAUCGAUUUCCUCUUCGUUAUUACUAUCGAGUCGCCGAUAAUGUUUUGAAACAGGCUGACAUCUUUCGAGCAGAGAAGAACAUAAUUGAUCUUUAUGUCAUGUUAAUGAGAUUUUCAAGUUUGGUCACUGAGACAAUACCUCGUCAUUUGGAGUAUGGGACAACUCUGAAAUCCCAAAAAAAUUAUUUUAGAAAGAAGCUAUUAAAUGCUUUGAGCGAGCUUGAAGAAUUGAAGCCAGCAGUUCAAAGAAAGGUGGAUGAAAUAAAUGGGAAACAAAAAUAUCAAGUCAAUGGGUGGGGUAAUCAGCAUCAAAAUGGUUCAUUAGAAUGGCAUUCUGGUGGAAAGCAAUAUCUUACUGAUAAUGGCACGGCUAAGGCUGGUAGAUCAGCUUCAAGAGAAAUUGCUCUUCAAGGUUCAGGACCUCAACAAUUUUCAUAUUCCAGAUCUAUUCGUAUUCCACUCCCAAAGGAGGAAACAUUAUCCCGUCAUUCUAUUUUGGGUCCCAAUGGGCUUCACGGGCAGUGGCAACCACCUAUCAUUGAAAAAGGGGUCCAAUAUCCACGUAUUUCAGAUCUGUCUCCCCUUGACAUUCCAAGCUUACAACAAUCAAUAGAAACCAAACUUACAAUAGAAAAAGAUGUUGGAAACUUGGAAAAAGAAAGAUCUGAUAUAGACUCAAUCUGCAUCCAGAAUAAUGGUCGCGAGAUAAAUAAUGCAAUGGGAACAGAUUCCUUGAUCUCGUUUGAAAAAGUUGAAAUGCCUGCCCCUAUUGAAAUUGUGCGACAGCCUUCUCCUCCACCUGUACUUGCUGAAGUACAGGAUUUGAUUCCUGCAAUGUCACCUCAAGUUCCUGAGGCAGAAUGUGCACAAGACACUUCAUUGUCAGAUGGUUUUGUUCAUCCAGAAGCUACUAUGGAAUUGCACAUUUCGACCGCGAUGAUGGAGAGCUUCAUGAGGCUAGCCAAGUCAAAUACUUCCAAGAAUUUAGAAACCUGUGGUGUUCUUGCCGGUUCACUUAAAAACAGAAAAUUUUAUGUCACUGCUCUCAUCGUACCAAAGCAGGAAUCAACACCAAAUACUUGUCAGGCAACAAAUGAAGAAGAGAUAUUUGACGUGCAGGAUAAGCGUUCUCUAUUCCCACUUGGGUGGAUUCAUACGCAUCCUUCACAGUCAUGCUUCAUGUCUUCGGUUGAUGUUCACACACAUUACUCAUAUCAGGUAAUGUUGCCAGAAGCUGUUGCAAUUGUGAUGGCUCCCAAGGACAGUGCAAGAAACCAUGGCAUUUUCCGGUUGACAACCCCGGGUGGCAUGUCCAUAAUUCGGCAAUGCCAACAACGUGGCUUUCACUCGCACGGUCAGCCUCCUGAUGGCGGACCCAUUUACAAAACCUGUACAGAUAUAUACUUGGACCCCAAUUUGAAAUUUGAUGUCAUUGAUCUUCGAUGAUCACAACCAUUGAAUUUCAAACCAGUAUUUUUGUGUCAUUGGAACACUCCUAAUUGUUCGUACAGAUUUUAAAGUUCUAUCAAUAGAGGCAAGCUCCUUUAACUUUGUUCAUACAUAAGCUUUGCUCCAGAGGUAAUGAUGGUCAAUCUUCUUCUAGCUUGAGCUUCCGUGCACCAAGUAAUUUUGCCAUACUGAAAGAAGAGUUUCCAUCCAAACAAACACUUCAAAAUGAGUGUUUCUUGUACAGACAUGAUUGCGUUAUAUUAGCGAGGAAUUCUAUACAUUACAAAAUGGCUCAAGAAUCCUAUGUUGAGGAAAUUACUCAUGUCAAUUGAUUGCGAAUUGUGGAUAGAUAUAUCGGUUCGUUUUGAUA